GGCAUACUUAUGCAUAUUUGUGUGUUUCUCAACCAAGGCUGUUCACUUGUUCACUAACCUAACGGUUAGUAAUUUGAAAAGUGAAGCUUUUUUAUCAACGUUAACUCGAUUCGUAUCCCGACGCGGGAUAUGUAAGACAAUCUAUUCUGACAAUGCCACCAAUUUUGUAGGUGUUCAUAAUAAAUUAACUGAGAUAUAUGAAAAGUUACCUAAAUUUGUCAAUAACUGUGACAAUUUAAAUUUCUUGUUGAAAAAUAAAAUAGAGUGGAAAUUUAUCCCACCCAACUCACCUCAUCAAGGAGGCCUAUGGGAGGCUGCAGUUAAGAUUGCUAAGUACCAUAUAACACGAGUAGUUGGUGAUCGGCAUUUGACCUUCGAAAAUUUAUCAACCCUAUUUUCUCGAGUAGAAGCGAUAAUGAAUUCCCGACCAAUCACUCCAUUAUCUGAAGACCCCAAUGACCUUAUAACCUUAACUCCGGGUCACUUUCUCAUUGGAGACUCCCUAUUAACCUUACCUGAAAUAGACUGUGCCGAAAUUUCAGAUAACCGACUAAAACAGUACCAAGUCCUCCAAAAAAUCACCCACCACUUUUGGCAACGCUGGUCAAACGAGUAUCUCACCAAAAACGAACCAAAUGGAAGGAAACUCGUGCCCAGUCACUAACCAUUGGCGAUUUGGUUAUUUUGCGAGAAGAUACCACCCCCCCACAACAUUGGAGAAUGGAGAAUGGCCGGCGGCUAUGUUAACGCUCCCUAUGAUUGUCCACGCCACUGGCAUCCCUCAUCAAUUUGACCGUCCAAGCAGCGAGCUAUAUACCUCUCGCCCCUUCUUCCAGGAAUGGCAUAGACGAGCAUCGGUCAUCGUUUUGUAGUUUAAAAAUGUAUUUCACUUCGCCUUGAACAGUUGUCGGUGCAUGAUGUAACAAAUAUUGCAAUAUAGCUUAAAUUUUAUCGGCGUUUAUGUCUCAUUUCAACAACUCGAAAGCAACAUUUUACACAGACUCUAGUAUGUUGUAACAGUAUUCUUAGACUUAAGAAGA